AUGGCUACAACACUCAAGACACCACUGUCUCAAAGAGACCGAAUCUUCGUCCUCGAAACAGUAUGGGAUCGGUCGCCGAAUGAUUCCAGACGUGAGGAAGUGGCACUCUCGACGUACUUUGCACGUUAUGAUACGCUCUGCCUACACCGCCUGUCGAUGCUGGAUGAUUGGUCUCAUGAGAAUAUCGCAACGCUGGCCAAGGACAUGCUGUCACUUACCAAAGAUGCCUGUGCAAAGCAGUUAGCAGCCAUCGCUCAGCCAGCAACACCCACGGAACAAGAAACUAGCCAGAUCCUUGACUUUGUUGCAAGGUUGAUUUUCUGCCUCGACCUGGUCGGCUGGGAGCCUUCACAGACUUUGCAAGCUCACCUUCACUCAAUGUUUCCAAGGUCCACGCAAGACGACAGAUAUCGCAUACCUCGAUCUUUCAACCUCUGCACAAUUGCCCACAUCACCGAUAUCAAUAUCACAUGGACAGUAGACCUGAAUCGACAUCUCCAGGUAACGGAAGACAACGGCGACAUCGCAGUCUUCCACUGUGUCACAGUCCUGGACCUGUUCAGGUCUUCAGCAAAUGCAAAGCAAUUGUUUCCUGCCGGGCUUAUAGAUGAAACAAUAAAGUCGCUGAGCCUUAUGUGCCCGGGCGAAAACCAACAGGUGAAAACUUGGCUGAGGAAGGAACAGCGAAGGUGUAAUGAAGAGCUAGACCCACGUCUCAUAUCCCUACAUGCUCGGCACAAGCUGGGAGUUGCUGGCCGAAAGAUAGAUCAAUUCGAUUUCUGGCGUGACCAGCUCAUCAUUGUCAAAGAGGUCUUCGACGACAGAGAACCACGAAAUAUCCUUCACUUGUGGAGAGAUUAUCGGAAGCCAUCGCAGUGGUGGACAUUCUGGAUAGCUCUGACGGCUUUCCUGCUGUCUUUGAUCGCUUGCAUCGAAGGAGCGAUGCAAGUGUACAAGGCUUACCACCCGUCAUAG